AUGUCAAUGGUCAGCAGUUUCAAACCACCAAUCUUACUGAAUAAUAACAAUUCUUUGUUCAAAUCAUCAUCCACAAAUACCACAAAUACCACAAAUUCAUCAACUCCGUCACCCGGAGUACACCAUGAAAGGCGUCGAUCUUAUUCAGAAUCAUCAAAUAAUGACUUAAAUGGAAAUAGUGAUACUACAAAAGAUGAAGUUCCAUUAUCAAUGAGCUUUCUACACAAACCAAAGAGAUCUGACGAAUUUUUCAAGCAAUCAAAUGAUCCUACAAAGUUAAAUUCAUUAUUAAAUAAAAAAAUUGAAUCGCCAAGAGAUGAUGAUGAAAUACCACCAGAUUAUUUUAAUCAUAAACAUUAUGGAGGAAACAUACUUGAAGAAAAUCAUGAUACUACACAACUGAGUGAUUUACUAAGUUCUUCGUCUUCAUCUUCACCAUCAUCAAUCUCAACUCCCAAAUUAAACAAUCCAAUUUUUCAAAAUGAUAUUGAUUCAGACUAUAAAUUAGUACGUAAAAAGUCUGGUGAAUUAGUUAAACCAUCAUUAAAAUCUCCAUCAUUUGAUCAAUUUAAGAAAAGAUCAAUGUCAUUACCUACAACUCCAACUUUUAAACAAGUGCAUUUUGGUGAUUCGAAUGAUAUUCGAUAUUUUAAACAAAAAGAUCGUCCAACUGCAGUAUCAGCUACAAAUUCACCUACAUUUGGUAAUUUAGUAUCCGAUGACGAUGAUGAUUAUGAUGAUAAUGAAAGAUAUAGUGAUUCAGAAAUUGAAUCGUCGACUAGUACUAAAGAUUUUCAUAAUUUUAGUUUAUUAGAUACUCAUUAUCCAAAUAAAAUUCUGUUUAAACCAAAUUGGCAAUUGAAAUUAUUAAAUUUCCCACCAUUAUCUUAUGCAAAAAAGGUUGAUUUACAUGUACCUGUCUUUCUUGAAAAAUUAUUUAUAUCUCAAGAUAAGAAAUUUUUAUUUGGUUAUAUUGCAGUUAAAAAUUUAGCAUAUUCAAAACAUUUAACAGUUAGGUAUACAUUAGAUUCAUGGCAAACAAUAAUUGAAAUUCCAACAAUUUAUACAACAAAUUUUGAUGUUGAAAUUUUGAAAAAUAAUGAUUAUGAUCGAUUUUAUUUUAAAAUUCCAUUGAAUAAUUUAUUUAAUAGUUUUAAAUUUAAUUCUUCAACUGAUUCAUUAAGUGAUGAUUCAAAAAAAGAUUUAAGUAAUUCAUCAAAAAAUUAUCAAUUAUGUAUUAAAUACUGCGUUGAUAAUCAAGAAUAUUGGGAUAAUAAUAAUUUUCAAAAUUAUAAAAUCAAAUUGACUAAAACUAUGAAUUCAAACUUACCUGAACAGCAACAACUGAAUUCUAAAAUUCAACAACAUUCAUCAAGACCAAAAUAUUCAAGUAAGUAUGUUAAAAAUCAUAAACAAGAAGAUAAUGAAGAUUAUGAAAAGAAUAAUUAUUACAUAACUAGUCCAUUAUUAGGAUCAAUUCAAAAAAAUCAAGAUGAUGAUUUAUUAAGAAAUACAGAAGACAAAUCAAUUAAAUCAAAAGAACAACCAAAAUAUAAGAAAACUUUCAGAGAUCAAUUAAAGAAUUCAAAUUUUAAUGAUGAAUUAAUACCUAAAAUUGAUCCAUCAAUUAAAAAUAAUAAUAAAAAGAAUAAUUUUUUAAGUUCAAAAUCAUAUAAAGAAUUAUUGGAAAAUUAUUGUUUCUUUAAUGAUACAAAAAUUAAUGAGGAUAAUGAUAAAAAGGAUUCUUAUUCAGUUUCAUCCUUUUUAGGAACAUAA